UAGAAUUGGAGGACCGGAAGGACUUUGGUCUUCCAGCCAAUCAGAGCGCGAAGUUUGUGUGAAUGAAGAUUGAGCUUCACCCAGACUGAAACUUCCUCCUGUGACCAACAUCUGCUAUUAGAAGGGGAGGAUUUUCAGACAGAAAUCUCAGACCAAACAUCAUGUCAAGAACUGACAAAGCCAUUUGAUUCAUUGGGACCAGAAUAUCAUCAGCAUUUCAAUCUAGCAUUUGAAAUCUUUGUCUGUUCUGCUUGCUUGAAAAGAUUUUAAACAUCAGUGUGACUGGAAAAACACAGACAUGAGUGAGUAUGUUCCAGUGCACUGACUGUGGAAGAAUCAUUGACCAGGAACACAGACUGAAAAACCAUUGCACCAUUCACAACGGGAGAGACCGUACAUGUGUUCUGUGUGUGGUCGAGGCUUCAACUAAUUGUCCCACCUGGAGAGACACAAGGACAAAUGCAGCAUGGAGAAACUAUGGAAAUGUGGGGAAUGUGGGAAGGAAUUCAAAUUCCCAUCUGAGCUGGAAACCCAUCGACACAGUCACACCGGGGAGAGGCCGUUCACCUGCUCCGAGUGUGGGAAGGGUUUCACCCGGUUUUCCCAUCUGCAGACACACAAGCGAGUUCACACCGGGGAGAAGCCGUUCAUCUGCUCUGAGUGUGGGAAGGGAUUCAGUGAUUCAUCCAGCCUGCAGAAGCACCAGCGAGUUCACACCAGGGAGAAGCCGUUCACCUGCUCUGACUGUGGGAAGAGAUUCACUCGAUUAUCCCACCUGCGCACACACCAGCGAGUUCACACCGGGGAGAGGCCAUUCACCUGCUCUACGUGUGGGAAGGGAUUCAGUGAUUCAUCCAACUUAUUGACGCACCAGCGAUUCCACACUGGGGAGAGGCCGUUCACCUGCACUGUGUGUGGGCAGCGAUUCACUCAGUCAUCCAGCCUGCGGAGACACCAUGUGACUCACACCAAUGAGAGACCCUUUAAAUGCUCUGACUGUGGGAGCAGCUUCAAAAGUGCUGCAGUUCUGAUGGUCCACCAGCGCAUUCACACUGAGGAGAGACCGUUCAGCUGCUCUCACUGUGCAAAGAGCUUUACAACGUCAUCCAGCCUGUGGAGACACCAGCGAGUUCACAGCGGGGAGAGGCCGUUCACCUGCUUUAAGUGUGGGAAGGGUUUCAGUAAUUCAUCCAACCUGCUGACACACCAGCAAGUUCACACCAGGGAGAGACCGUUCGUAUGCACCCAGUGUGGGAAGGGAUUCAGUAAUUCAGCCAACCUGCUGACACACCAGCAAGUCCACAGCAGGGAGAGACCAUUCACCUGCUCCAAAUGUGGGAAGGAAUUCAUUCAUUUAUCCAGUCUGCGGCGACAUCAGCGAGUUCACAAGUGAUUCCAGGGGUUGGAUUCUGCUGUUAUUGCUGCUGUUAAUCACAUCCAGGACUGAACCAUGUUCAUUCUGACACUUGGUGAAGUGGGAGGGUUGGAGGGUUUCUUUCUGCUGGACUGGCCAGUCUCAUGACUUUGCUUCCAGUGGGCUGAUGCUCUUUGAGCCUGGGAAUGCACAUUUCUACUGAAAUGAUCCACAAAAGCUGAUGAAGUACAUUUAUUUUAUCCUGGAUAGUAAAUUGUGCUUUUUCCUACUACUACAGGUAGAUCUAAAAUAAAUACAUUUGUCUCUGUUCCAUUGAGUCUACAGCACAGGGCCAGGCCAGUCGGCUCAAUUGGUCUCUGUCAGUAUUUA